UCCCGGUUUGCGGGGAUCGCCCUCAGAGGGGCCGGCACGCGCUGUGUGCAGGCGGAUGUGAGGAGCAUCUCAAUUGGCGGGCGGGGGAAGCGGGUUCGGGCUGUUACUACUGCAGAGAGAGAGAGAGAGAGAGAGCGCGGGCGAGCCGGCGAGCGGGGAGCGGGAGGAGAGCCGCAGCGGCCCGGCCGGCCGCGAAGUGGGAAGAGGGGACCUCGACUUCGAGACCCCGGCCGUCCCCGCGCUCUGCUCUCUCGGUGAGCUCUGGCCGAACCGCGCAAGAACGUCCCCGUGAUCCCCUCUGCCACCAUGAGGAACAUCUUCAAGAGGAACCAGGAGCCCAUUGUGGCUCCUGCCACCACCACCGCCACAAUGUCAACUGGGCUCUUAGACAACUCUACCGAGAGUGGGGGCGCUGGGGAGAGUAAGGAGGACAUGUUUGCCAAGCUGAAGGAGAAAUUCUUCAAUGAAAUCCAGAAGAUCCCCUUACCACCCUGGGCACUGAUCGCCAUUGCUGUGGUCGCUGGCCUCCUGCUCCUCACCUGCUGCUUCUGUAUCUGCAAGAAGUGCUGCUGUAAGAAGAAGAAGAACAAGAAGGAGAAGGGCAAGGGCAUGAAGAAUGCCAUGAAUAUGAAGGACAUGAAAGGGGGCCAGGAGGACGACGAUGCAGAGACAGGCCUGACUGAGGGAGAAGGUGAAGGAGAGGAGGAGAAAGAGCCAGAGAAUCUGGGAAAACUGCAGUUUUCCCUGGACUAUGAUUUCCAGGCCAACCAGCUUACCGUCGGCGUUCUGCAGGCUGCUGAAUUGCCUGCCCUGGACAUGGGAGGCACCUCAGACCCUUAUGUCAAAGUCUUCCUUCUUCCAGACAAGAAGAAGAAAUAUGAGACCAAAGUCCAUCGGAAGACAUUGAACCCUGCCUUCAAUGAAACCUUCACCUUCAAGGUGCCAUACCAGGAGCUAGGAGGCAAAACCCUGGUGAUGGCCAUCUACGACUUUGACCGCUUCUCCAAACAUGACAUCAUUGGCGAGGUUAAGGUGCCUAUGAACACUGUGGACCUUGGCCAGCCCAUCGAGGAGUGGAGAGACCUGCAGGGCGGGGAGAAGGAAGAGCCAGAGAAGUUGGGCGACAUCUGCACCUCCCUGCGCUACGUGCCCACGGCUGGGAAGCUCACUGUCUGUAUCCUGGAGGCCAAGAACCUGAAGAAGAUGGACGUAGGUGGCCUUUCAGACCCCUACGUGAAGAUCCACCUGAUGCAGAAUGGGAAGAGGCUCAAGAAGAAGAAGACGACGGUGAAGAAGAAGACCCUGAACCCCUACUUCAACGAGUCCUUCAGCUUUGAGAUCCCCUUCGAGCAGAUUCAGAAAGUCCAGGUGGUGGUCACUGUGCUGGACUAUGACAAGCUGGGCAAGAACGAAGCCAUUGGCAAGAUCUUCGUGGGCAGCAACGCCACGGGCACAGAGCUACGGCACUGGUCUGACAUGCUGGCCAACCCCCGGAGGCCCAUCGCCCAGUGGCACUCGCUCAAGCCCGAGGAAGAGGUGGACGCGCUUCUGGGCAAGAACAAGUAGGCAGCAGCGGCCGGGAUCCCGCGCCGUUACAGACACUGACAAGAUCCAGAGCUAUCAAUACCUCAGUUAUGCAACCUUAGAGGUUUUCUUUCUCAUUUGUUUGUGGUUGUGUCCUUGUUUUUCCUUCCUUUAUCUCUUUUGAGAGACCAACUUCCCUCUGAUGGCUGUGUGAGGAGAGUCCCCUAACAGGUGAAAGAGAAGCCUGGCUCUUUUCAUCGUCCCAGGAGCUGUCCUUGCUGCAUGUCCUGUCACGUUUCCCUCUCACUCUUUCAAAGCUUCACUUGAACCUCACCCUGAGUGAGGCCCUCUUUCAGCAGAGAGUCACAGCACUUCCUGUGUUUUGAGUGUUCUGGACCAACAAAAUGGCAGCACAUCCUGUUUCCUGACAGGGAAGGCAACACAGUGGCCUAUGAUGUGUGCGUGUGUGUGUGUGUGUGUGUGUGUGUGUGUGUGUGUGUGUUGGAGCAUCUCUCUGCAUUCCUGGGAUGAACCACGGACAGUGAAGUUGUGUGGGAAGAGAAGGCUCUUCGGGGACCCUGAAGUGAAGAGACGUCCACUGUCUAAGUGGGAGAUCUUCCGUCAGCUCGCGGAGAGGGCUCAGGAUCCUGGUCGGGUGUCAGAAGCUCCCAUGCUCUUUGUGGGUGGCUAUUUGGGAGGCAAGAUGUGGAGACUGGACUUGUCCAGAACUAGGACCAAAAACCUGAUGCCAUCAUAGACUUCCUCUCGUCAGGCCUUGUUUCCCCACAAGUGUGGUUUCUGGGACAUUCGUGGACAUGAACUAUUCACUAGAUUGGUUAGACUCUAACAGGGACCAUCAGUCCUGGGAUCUCACUGUUGUUGACAGUUAACGUCAAACUAUGAAGAAAGAAGACCCAUUACCUAGAAAGACCAAAUGAAACUCCUGGAUCUUCUUUACCCCCUUCCAGUGGGAAACACAGAUGCUUUCUCCCUUUCCAGAAUAUAAGCUAUGCGGUUCAUUUGCAUUUUUUCCCCAUCAUGCUUUUGCUUCUGUUUUCUCUUUUAAUCUAAGUGGAGCAACACUAUCUGAAGACUGUUUUCUGUACAGAGCCAGAGACUCUAAAAAGAAGGUUUGAAUUCUUGUCCCCCUGAGGUCCAGGUAAGAAGGGGGAGGAUGGUGGAGAGACGGCAGAGAUUUCCCGGAUGAGAUAGGUGGGGGUGCUGAGAUCCGUGCCCCCCCAGCUCCCACUCCUCUGCCUUCCAUGCCAGAUAGUUUGUGGGUAGCUGACGUGGCCCAGGGAGACCUGUGGGGAGGCCCCAUCCUACUAUUCCUUGGGGAGGCGUCUCUCUAUGAAUGCCAGGAAGCAGGACAUCCAUUCCAAAUGGGUGGUGGAGGACACCUGCCGGGGUUUCUACCCCACGCUCGGUUGUGUCCCUUUCCCUCUUCACCUUUUGUCCCCAGCAUUGAUAAAAAGCCAUAUAUAUGUUAGUCAAGUUUGCACUGAGCCUCCUUCCAAACCUUCAGCCUGGGCAGGAGAGUCAGGUCCCACAUGACCUAAGGCCAGCACCACUUCCUUUCACCCCUUUCUCCCACCCUUGCCUCCCUUCCUUCAGCCUCUCUCUUCCAUCCGUGAAGCCCUCAGGCCCUUGCCAUUUCUUCGCCACAGAAUACUCAUAGCUUCCCCAAAGCUUGGGGAUCUCUCUCUUUCCCAGCAAAAAUGGCAGCACUUCCUGUCCUGUCCCAUCUGGACCACCUCAGUUUUCUAUAGGUACCUGAGACAGACGGACAGUGUUAGAGAGACUCAGGGUUUGAGGGUCCAGAGCAUCUUUUUAUUUUAUUAAAAGAAAGGAAAUGGGGUUUUUUUUGUUUCUGCUGUGCCAUGUAUUUUGAUUAGAGCAAGGAAUGAGGGAACACCUCCGCCAGAAACAGACUGGGAAGCAGGGCUGAACCUUGCCCAUCUCUCAGAGACCCUUCUCCUUCUUGCUAGUGGCACUUGGCACAUGGGAGGUCGUAUUUUACUGGAGCCUGUGUGAGUUUGGGUGUGUACUUAAUGAUGAGAAGGUAAGACUCUGACAAGGACUAUGAGCUUUGGUCCUCGGGACCAGAGUUGUGGUCCUGGUGGAGAGUUGUUGGAAAAUGGGGUGCCUUCAGAACCCAGCUGACUGCAGAGUAGGAUGUCCUGCUAUGGGCAUCAGGAGUCACUGGGCUCUUCUCCAGUCUCCAGAGCUGUGAGGUUUUGGUGCUUUCUCAGGGUCUCUCUCCUCACCAUAUCCCACAAACCUUGCUCAGAGGAUUGUCCAUCUUGUUUUCCUUACCUUCAUUCUUUUGCCCUUUCCCGAUGGGCUUCCUACCGCCUGAGAUUCUUCUCAGCCCAUGAACCUGAUUCAGCCCUUCCAGAGCCCGAGAUUUGCCACUCUCCUGAUGGGGAGGAAAAGAAAUGGUGGGCACCCCUAGGUGGUGUGGGUGUCCAUGUGCCAAGAGACAGGGGCUGGAUUUUGUUACUCUGGGCCCACCUCUAGUGAGCAGGUGGGGACAGGUUGCUGAGAGACUGAGUGUUGUUGGCAUUGGUGUAGAGCCAGGGCGAGACCUGUGUGUGGGCAAUCAUUCCCCCACCCCUGCACCCCACCUAGGUUCUGGCUGGUCCUGAGAUGGGUGCUUGGCCCAAAUGAGCCAUCCUAGUCAAGGCAUCUAUCCAGCCCCGUGAACUAGGCAGGUCAACUUAGAGUCGUGAGUUUUCUACACCUGAGGGCUGAUGGUACUCUAACUCCGGAGCAUCAUUCUGAACCCUCAUUGCCAUGCAGGUUUAUUUCUGGAGACGUUAGGGUGGGCUGUAGGCCCUAAUUAGGAGCUAGGGUUUGACUAGAGAAGGGCUCUGGAGGCCUCUGUGGUAUGAGUUUCCCGUCUAUUCCAGGCAGGAAAUAGCGUAGAAGAGAUUUUUUUCCAAAGGGACUGAGACCACAAAGACUCAAACCCAAUCCCACCCGGAAAUGGGGUGAAGCCAGAAAACUCGGGCUUCUUUCUCCUUGAAUAAUCAUCCCAGAGGGGAAACUAACUCCGCCAGAGCCAUAGGCAGAUUGUUGGUCUUUGAAAGUGGAAGCUGAGGCCUGGGGACAGCCGGGUAGAGAACCCUCGGGCAGCCCCAGACAGUGAGCGAGCAGAUACUUGGCAUGAACGAGAAAUGACUUGGCAGGGGUCCCUCAGGUGGAAGACGGGACAGCAGGGAUUAGAGCACAGUCUCAGGUGAUGAUCUUUUUUUUUCUUCCCAGGCAACCAUACAUGGUUGUGUUUCUGCAGAAUCAGUUUGGGAUGAUUUUGCUGGCCCAGGGCUUCAGCGAGAGAGGAGAGAGGGGUUGCCUCAGUUCGUCCUGUGGGUAAAACCAGCUCCCUGACAAACCUGCCUCCAUGCAGCGGGGUGGUGGUGGGUGAGCAGAGAGGUUAAGAAACUCCCCUGGGGUCGCAAGUGAGAGAUUCCAUGAUCCUUCAAUGUAUGCUAACUCUCGGUCUCACCCAACCAUAUACAGAGAGAGGCUGUCUUUUGGUGUCCCCCCCGACCCUGUAAAGGUAGGAAGAAAUCGAGCCAAGACCUGCCCUCCCACCCUCCACUCUGUCCCUUCUACCCUCCCCCUUCCCACCUCAGGCUGGUCGGGGGCCCUGUCUCUGAGCCCAGCAUGGUGGCAGGCAGCGAAGGGUCCCAAGGCCUGGUCUUGGUGGCCCAGAGCCCCAUGACAUGGUUGUCAGAUUGGCAAACAAAAAUACAAGAUACCCAGUUAAAUUUGAAUUUCGGGUAAACAGAAAAUAAUUUUGAGGCUAAGUAUGGCCUAGGCAGAAUUUGGGACAUACUACACCAAAAGUGAUGUGUUGUUUACCCGGGGUUCAAAUGCAACUGGCCGUCCUGUGUUUUAUCUGGCACCCCUAUUCUAUGACCACUUGUCCCCUCUGCUCCCCCCCCCUUCAGUCCCAGGGGGCCAGAGACUGGUCACCAAGGAUCUUACUGCUUUUUGAGCUGCAACAUUGAGAAGGGGACACUGUGACUUGAAGACACACGAAUAUACUUUAUUUUUGAAGCGACAACAAAACAAGACCCUUCUGAAGCCAUUCGAGCCUCAUCUGACCCCUUCCGUGUGCAUUUAGUUAUCUAUAAAAGACGAUAGUGACCUAUAAACAUAUGAACCGAGUCUUGUCUACUCAACAUGCAUGUCUCUUUCUGUAAAUAGCCGCAUGGCCGUGCCCCUAACCCCCAACCCCUAACCCCUGACC